AUGAAGAAGCGGAAAAUGCGGAUCCAUGAAGCAUAUACAUCAAGUCCAACAACAUCAUUUGGUUUUGGGUUAAUUGUAAGUGAUAAUCUGCGUCGGACUGGUGGUGGAUUUCUGCCCUAUUUGCAGACAUGUGUUAAUGGAGGAAUUAAGCUGCCAACAGAGAUUUUGAAUAGAAACUGA